GCUGCUCUAACCUGAUCAACUAAACCUCGCUAUGAUCAACAUGUUAAUGUGGUUUUUGUAUUGUAGAGUCCAGGACUUCAUCUACUGUCCUGCCAUUUUAAACAUUUAUUCAACUUUCAAUUUAACCAUCAAAUCAAAGAGCGUCAUCAGCCAGAAAGAGCAGUUCUCUGACAUCUAUCCACUAAACAUUACAGAUAUAAUUCAGGCUCCUCGGCCGCUGAUCACAUCUGUUAACGCCACCGACUCCUCAAUCAGCGUCACAUGGACCAGCGCGACAACACCAAUUACUAAAUGCAAAAUACGUUACAAGCGUCUCAACACAGAGUCGUGGACAGAGACAGCAGAUUUGGUGUCUUCAGUCGAGUCUCAGUUCGUGAUCGAGGGUUUACAGUCCUUCAGUGUGUUUGAUCUGAGCGUCUCCUGCUUCCACGGAUUCGGCCGAUGGAGCGACUGGAGCGAGGAGACUCGAGUGAAGACGACAGAGAGUUUGCCGUCUGCUGCUCUAUCUCUCAGUUAUUAUGUGGAUUCAGAUGAAAACUCUGGGAUUCGGCGGCUGGUGCUUCUCUGGAAGGCUCUGGACGUCACAGACGCUCGAGGACUCAUUCGAGGAUAUGAAGUGUCCUACAAGCCCAUCACACAGCCCUCUCUGAAGAAAACCAUACACACCUCUCAUCUCAAGGCCGUUGUUCUGGUGCGGUCAGAGGAGUAUGAGGUCUCAGUUUGUGCCUAUAACAGCGCUGGACGCUCGCCGGACCGCCGGCUCACUGUCGACGCGUCUCGUACUCACGAUGUGCCGGCGGUGAGGAGUCUCUGGGUUUAUUCUGACGGUUCUUCACUGUGGAUCCGCUGGGAAUAUGAGUUUACCGCGGUAAACAUCAGUGAGUUCGCUAUUGAAUGGAGCUCUGCGACCGACGGCGAGCACAGACGCUGGGAAAGAGUCGACGGAUCCACCUUCACAGUCCGUCUGCCAGGCAUUGAAGCGCAGCAGACGUACAACAUCAGCGUGUUCCCCAUCUGUGGGUCUCUCGCCGGGCCACCGAACAACAUCUCUGCGGAUCUACAGCACGGCGCUCUGUUGGAUCCGGUAGGGUUUGGUCUGCUGAAUGUCUCGAGCUCGUCUGUAGCGCUGCGGUGGAGCUGGAAGGAGGCGAAGCCCGGCGUCUGUGUGCUUCAGUACAGACUGGUGUUAACCGGACCGGACCAGAUUCAGACUCUCGCAGUCUUUCCUGACAAACAGCAGCAUUCGUUCCUCUACCUCCAUCCAAACACCAAAUACUCAGUCCACAUACACGGAGAAACUAGAGACGGGAACUUCACAAAGGCCAGUCUGGACAUCACCACACUUCUGCUGGAUUAUGAGGAGAUGAUGAGGUUUGCUGUUCCAGCGGUUCUCCUGCUGCUCAUCUUUGGGAUUUUCUCGGUUUUAUCAAGGACCGUAUGCAGGGAAUAUUUAUUUCCCAUCAUCGCCAAUCCGAGGUACAGUCUGAUUGGACGCUGGCUUCUCAAUCCGCAUCUUCAGGGCAGUGAUAAGAUCUGCGUGCUGAAGCUGGACGGUUUAUUCCUGAUGGACCAGCAGAUGGAGAAGAGUGUGUUUGUGGUUUCUGAUCAUGAGGACGAGGUUCCGCUGAAGACCUCUGAGACGGCUGAAGGUACAGCUUUGUGGAAACCUUGUUCAGAUGAUGAGGAAAGCGCUCUGACUCCCUCCAGUCUGCCCGAGUAUGUAGACCUGCCCUUCUUACCCGAUAGCUCAGGUUAUGUUCAGACUGGACAGAUUCCUGGAGAGAGAAACUCGGACUGAAACCUGCACUGCUCUCAGAAUGACUCGACUGCGGUUUCUCAUCUAUAAGAGAGUCUCACAGGACUUUCACUCAUUUCAUGUUUGCUUUUGAUGCACUUCUGUGUACUUCAUACAGUAUUUGAUGAUGAAGGAUCAUAUCAUGUGCUUCUCAACCAGAGGCCUUCAAGAUAACUUCAAACUGUUGAACUCUCAUGAUGCAACAGAUAUAUAAAGAUUUCAAAACAAAAACAAAAACAUAAUUUUUAGUAAGGGAAUGAAACUUUGCAAAUGCUUAAAAACCUUCACAAUGUGCAUAAUUUAUUUCAGAUUUUUAACCAUAAAUCUAUUACAUCAUAGAUACAAUGUAUUUUGUGUUCGGGUCAUUUUUGACCCGGUUAUGUAUGGAGUCCCAUUAUCUGUCAAAAAUACUUUCUGCAAAAUGAUCUAUGAAGUUAUUUUAGUGUCAGAAAACUUUUGUAAAAUAGUUCAACUUUUCCUCAUAUCUCUUACACUUUUAGACUGAAUUUACUUGAUGAAAAUGAAUAUUUACGUCUAUUGAUGAAUCACUGCAGCUGGAAAAUAUGUCCACUUUUUCAUCUAAAAGUAAAGGUUUAUGCAGUGUUUUUUUUUUGUGACCUUUCAGUCAUAUUUGUGUCGUUUUGACAUAUAUAAAUGUGGAAGUUUUGUAAAUUUUUACUGUUUUUGAACAAUCGUUAAAAGUUCAAAGGAGUGUAAUUACAUUUUGAGCAACACUGAUCAUUUUCAGAUUAUACUCUAUAUUCUUGUGAAUUACAUACAGUGAUAUAUUGAAAUAAUAUUUCUUAUCAAUAUUGUUAGC